AGCGGAAGUGUCUUUGUUUACAUCGUUAGCAUCUCUGUUGUGCGUAAGCUAGCAGUUAGCAGUUAACGGGCAGCAGGCGGAUGUUCUCCCGGUCAGUCGUUAAUAUAACUUGUGUUUCCACUCGGUUCUCCAGACAGUUGACGUUAAACCGUUUACCGGAGCUCAGACGUCCGGUCGCCCUCCUCCUCCCCCGGGGCUCCACCGUCUCCACCCGGGGCUCCACCGUCUCCACCCGGGGCUCCACCGUCUCCGCCCGGGGCUCCACCGUCUCCACCCGGGGCUCCACCGUCUCCACCCGGGGCUCCACCGUCUCCACCCGGGGCUCCACCGUCUCCGCCCGGGGCUCCACCGUCUCCACCCGAGGCUCCACCGUCUCCACCCGGGGCUCCACCGGGACAGGACGGUUCAACAAACAGAUGCCCAAGAAACAGAAAACAGUCAAAGGUCAGCAGGGCGGAGCAGCAGAGCCUGAACCUUCUGGUCCGGUGGUUCGAGACCGGAGUGGCGCCGUGACCAUCGUGGUUCACGCCAAGCCUGGCGCCAAACACAGCGACGUCACAGACGUGUCCUCAGAGGCCGUGGGCGUGUCCAUCGCAGCUCCGCCCACUGACGGAGAAGCCAACACAGAGCUGAUUCGCUUCCUGGCUCAAGUUCUGGACCUGAAGAAGAGUCGGGUCUCUCUGGACAAGGGCUCCAGGUCCAGAGACAAACUGGUCCGACUGGACUCGUCCCUCAGUCCAGAGGAGGUUCUGACGAGGCUCCGACAGGCGGCAGGAUGACGAGGUCACAUCAUCAGCAAAUCGCCAUGGAAACCAACCAACCAACUGUGUUGCUAGGCAGUUUCUUUUUAAAAUUCCUGUCAUAUGAUUAAAUGAAGUGUUCAGAUUGUGAUCUGUGUGAUUAAAUAUGAAAUAUUUCUCUUCUUCUGCA